AUGCUGACAAUGAGAGAAGAAAAUGUGAUGGCUUCAGACAACAGAUUUGCUUCGCCGCCCCCACCUUCUUCUUCUUCUCCUGGAACAAUCCAAAACCCUAAUUUCAAUUUCAUCCCCUUCAACUCAUUUUCCUCCAUUAUCCCGAAGGAGGAACAUGGGAUGAUGAGUAUGAUGAUGAUGAUGGGAAAUGGAGCAGUAGAAGAAAUGAUGGAAAACGGGUCGGUGGGUGGGUCAUUCGGGUCAGGGAGUGAACAAGCAGAAGAUCCAAAGUCCGGAAACGAAUUUGAUGUCAAUGAACUUCAAGAUGAUGAUCAACAACCUCCUCCGGCUAAGAAGAAACGUUACCACAGACACACUAAUCGUCAGAUCCAAGAAAUGGAAGCAAUGUUCAAAGCAAAUCCUCAUCCAGACGAUAAGCAAAGAAGUAGAUUAAGUCAUGACCUUGGUCUCAAGCCUCGACAAGUCAAGUUCUGGUUCCAAAAUAGGCGUACCCAAAUGAAGGCACAACAAGACAGGGCAGAGAAUGUGAUGCUAAGGGCAGAGAAUGAGAAUCUGAAGUCGGAGAAUAGCCAUCUUCAGGCGGAGCUACAGUGCCUCUCGUGUCCUUCUUGCGGCGGCCCCACCGUCCUCGGAGACAUUCCUUUCAACGAACUUCACAUUGAGAACUGUCGCCUCCGUGAAGAGCUUGAUCGUCUAUGCUGCAUUGCUUCGAGAUACUCUGGCCGUCCGAUGCAAUCCAUGCCAACAUCUCAGCCGUUGAUAAAUCCUCCUCCGGAGCUUCCACAUCAUCAACAACCUUCAUUGGAGCUAGACAUGAGUGCAUACGCAGGGAAUUUUCAAGAACAUUCUUGUCCAGACAUGAUGUUGCUUCCUCCACAAGACACUGCUUGUUUCUUCCCAGAUCAAACUAACAACAACAACAACAACAACAACUUGUUACUUGCGGAUGAAGAAAAGAUAAUCGCAAUGGAAUUCGCUGUCUCUUGCGUCCAAGAACUGACUAAAAUGUGUAACACAGAAGAGCCUCUCUGGAUCAAGAAGAAAUCCGACAAGAUCGGUGCCGAGACUUUGUGUCUGAACGAGGAGGAGUACACGAGGCUCUUCCCAAGGCCAAUGGAGAACCAUAACAACAACAACAACAACAAAAGAGAUUUCCGUAGAGAAGCUUCAAAGGCAAACGCAGUCGUCAUCAUGAACAGCAUAACGCUAGUUGACUCGUUUCUAGACGCUGACAAGUGGUCGGAGAUGUUCUGCUCAAUCGUUGCUAGGGCAAAAACGCUUCAGAUAAUUUCAUCAGGAGUCUCUGGAGCUAGUGGUUCUCUUCUACUGAUGUACGCAGAGUUACAGGUAUUAUCUCCACUGGUGCCAACACGAGAAGCUUACUUCCUACGUUACGUGGAGCAAAACUCGGAAACCGGAAACUGGGCGAUCGUAGACUUCCCGAUCGACAGCUUCCACGAUCAGAUCAAUCCGGUGGAUAUGAACACUCCUCACGAGUACAAGAGAAAACCUUCAGGCUGCAUCAUCCAAGACAUGCCUAAUGGAUACUCACAGGUCAAGUGGGUCGAGCACGUUGAAGUAGUAGACGAGAGGCACGUCCACGAGACCUUCGCUGAGUUUGUGAAAACCGGAGCGGCUUUUGGAGCUAACCGUUGGCUCCACGUGUUGCAGAGACAGUGCGAGAGACUCGCUAGUCAAAUGGCCAGAAACAUAACCGAUCUUGGAGUGAUUAGGUCUGCAGAAGGGAGGAAGAACAUGAUGAGGUUAUCACAGAGGAUGAUGAGAACAUUCUGUGUGAACAUAAGCACUUCGUAUGGACAAUCUUGGACUGCCUUGUCUGAGACGAAUAAGGACACUGUGAGGAUCACAACGAGGAAAACGUGCGAGCCUGGUCAGCCUACAGGUGUUGUUCUUUGCGCCGUCUCUACCACUUGGCUUCCAUUUUCUCACCUUCAAGUCUUUGAUCUUCUCCGUGAUCAACUUCAUCACUCUCUGUUGGAGGUUUUGUUCAAUGGGAAUUCACCGCAUGAAGUUGCACACAUCGCCAAUGGUUCACAUCCUGGAAAUUGCAUCUCUCUUCUUCGAAUCAAUGUUGCGAGCAAUUCGUGGCAUAAUGUGGAGCUGAUGCUACAAGAGAGCUGCAUCGAUAACUCCGGCAGCUUAAUCGUCUACUCCUCCGUCGACGUAGACUCGAUCCAGCACGCGAUGAACGGAGAAGAUCCUUCUAGUAUUCCGAUUUUGCCCCUCGGAUUCUCCGUCGUUCCCGUGAAUGCUCCGGAUCGUGUUUCCGUCGAUUCACCGCCGUCGUGUCUUCUUACCGUCGGGAUUCAGGUCCUGGCGAGCAACGUUCCCACCGCGAAACCGAAUCUCUCCACCGUCACCACCAUCAACAACCACCUUUGCACCAUCGUCAAUCAGAUCACUUCUGUCCUUAGCAGCACCAUUUCUCCGGCGAUCGCAUCUCCCGCCUCCGCCGCCUCCAAACAAGAGGUCAUUCAGUGA